UAACAAUCAUAAUUAUCUUUCAUCCUUGAUUGUUGAUUAAUUAAUUAUUCCCAAUAGAUGGAGCUAUUAUGAUGAUUAUUCAAUUACUUUUCGUAUUUUUUUGCUUCUUAUGUAAAAGUAGCCUUGCCGGUUUUUCCCUCCCUCCUUUACCUCAUCUUCCUCAUCAUCUUAAUCCUCCUCUUUUCCUCAUCAUUUUCAUCAUCAUCAACAUCAUCUUACUCUCCAUUCACUUGUUUGUAUAACUUGAUUCAGACAAGAUGAGGUCUUCAAAACGAUUAGUUUUAUCUUCAUCUAAAAAAUCAAACAUCUCUAAUGUGUUACCUUCUCAAACAGCAACAAAAACUGACCAGUGUCCAAUGGAGGUUGAAAAUACCAAUGUAAAUGUUAAUGUGUGUGGGGAGAGUCCAACCAAUGGUGAAGGUGAGGUUGACCUUAAGAUUCCCGCUUUGGAUAAAUACAAUUUAAGAGUAAAAUCGAUUCAAAAGAGAAUCGAAGUUGAGAAGAAGAGGAAAAAUCCUCGAAAAGAGCCCAAACCGAAACAACGACCACCACCACUUAGUAAAUAUCGUCGGAAAAAUGCCAAUGCCAGGGAAAGAUCUCGAAUGCAGGAAAUGAAUCAGGCCUUCGUCGAAUUGAAAAAAGCGGUACCUCAGUUAGCGAAUGACUUUGACGUUGGUGAAGAUCAAAAUUCUAAACUGACCAAAAUUACGACCUUACGUCGUGCGGUCAAAUAUAUCGCCGCUUUAACUAUGCUCUUGUCGGAAACUGAACCGUUACAAUUAAUUGAAGAGAAUUCAAAUUCAAAUGAAAUUGCAAACAAUGGUAACAUGAUUUGCUCAAUUGGACCAUCAGCUGAUCAGUCGUUUAUUUGUUCAAAUAUAUCAUCACCAUCUCCCUCUGUUUCAUCAGUGUCAUCAAUUUCAUCUUCAUCUAUACUUUCAUCAUCAUCAUCAUCAUCAUCCUGUUCAUCGUCAUCUUCAUCAUCAGCUUCUUAUUCAUCUUCAAUAUCAUCACCAUCUUCGUGCUCAUCACUAACAUUGGAUUUACAAUCAGUUAAUUUAAAGAAUCAAAUAGUUGAAGACAAUUUAAUCAUCAAUCCAAGUGAAAUAUUUUCACAAUUAUUAAACAAUAGUUCUAAUAACAAUAUAAUUAAUUACGACGGGAAAAAUGUUGACAAUUAUCCACUCGAGCGUACAUCAAAUAACAAUCAACAGAAUGAAAGUCAAUUUCAAAUCUCAGCAUCUUCCAUAAUUAACAAUCACAAUUCAAUAUCAUCGUCACCACCAACACCACCAACAACAACAACAUCACCGAUUAUUUCAACAAUUAAUCCAACUUGUCAACAAUUAUUUAAUUCAUUGCCAAAUUUACCACAAAUCAGCAACAAUCAACAAGUCCAAUCAAAUCAAGACACCAAUCUAUCAAUUUAUAUGGACUCAGAUUUCAAUGAUUUACCUGUUGAAAGUUCAUUACCACUUUUGGAUGCUGAUUGUUACUCUUACCUUCCCGAUAGUUUUGAUGAUUUUAAAUUAAUUGCUGGCGAUAUGAUUCCUGAAACUGAAUUUGAUAAUUUCAGAAUCGACAGUGAAAUCCUUUCAAAUCCAUUAAUCACUUCAUGGUGAACAACUGAAUCAAUAUUAUCAAUUCUGUGCAAUAAGUUUUUCAAAAAUUGUGUCUUAAUUAAUUGACCAACCAGGGCUAAUUUAAUUUCAUUCAAAUCAAGUGAUAACCACAACUGACCUUAAACAAUUUUGAUUAUAUGAUUAACUUACACUGUUUGUUAAUUACAUUAUUUUAUAUUAUUAAUCAAAGUUUCUAUCAUGUAAUCAUCAUCAGUAAAUCAUUCAAUUUCAUUUUGAUAAUAAUUCAAAUCAAGUAUCUGGUGAGUUGUUAUUAUGAGAUCGAAACAAUCAGUUAAUCAUUAACUAUUAUAUAUGAUUACAAUUAGUUCCUGUUUCCCCAAUUAAAUCAUAUCACAAAAUUAUAAACAAAAGUCAUCAUAUAUGUUUAAACAAUCAACGGAUUCAACAAUUAACAAUUAACGAUCUCAAUCAGCAUCAACUCACCAGUACUCAAAAUACUUGAUCGCCUUUUAAUCAAUCAUCAGCAAUUUAAUAUCUCAUAAAUUAAGAGCUUAAUUUAACUUCAUUUAUCACAAUAAUAAGCUCAAAUUGUUAAUCACAAUUGCCUCUAAUACAUCAAUCAAUAUUAUUUUGUAUCAAUUAUUGAUUAUUUUUUAAUAUGUAAUAAUAUCAACCCCUUUUUUUUAUAAUCAUCAACUUAAUCAAAAGUGAGAUGUUAAACAAUUUAAUGUGUUCAUCAACAAUCAUAUCAUCAAAAGUAUUACAAUUAACUCUCACUACAACAAUUAAGAUUCAUUAUCAUUCUCAACUCAUUUGUUAAAAUUAUUAUUAAAAACUACGAAUUUUAAUCGUAAC